UGCAUACGCGAGGCAAUUUAUCAUCUAAUAACAACCUGGAAUGACCAAAGUACGGUACUAGCGGCAACUGUGCGCGCUGUCAAAAAAACCAUAGAAGAUAGUAGCACUGUUUCGGAGACAACCGACAUUGGCCUGGAAAAAAUCGAUGAUCCUUUUCCUUCAUAUCUCCACCUCGGACUAAAAUUGCAGUCGAGAGUUGGUGUUGUUGUGAGGGACAUCAUGGACUCCAGAGGUAAUUACAAGCCAGAUAUUGGAAGCAUCAUCGCUUAUGCCCUUUCUGCCGCUGAUUAUGAGGAAAAUCUUCGUAAACAGAGAGAAGUUGCUAAAGGUGAACAACCCCCGCUCAAUCUUAAUUCAAACAGUGCUGCUACGGAUGAACAGGCGCUAGCAGCGGAACACAUCGAGGUUGAGUUUCAGGACAAUCAAGCUUCAUACUACGUCAAGGUUUGUGAUUAUAAACCCUGA